AUGCCUCCGAAGCGACCCGCGAAGAGUGCCACUGCUGCCGCCGCUGCUGGCGGCAAUGGCGAAAAAGCGACCAAGCGCAGAAAGAAGGCGCCAGCCAAGAAGGCCGCCGCCUCUUCUGACUCGGAUUUUGACUCGGACAUUGACAAUGGCAACGGUCAUGCUCCGGCUGAGGUGGUCGACGACACCGGCGACACUGCCGUGGAUGAGGCCGUCGAUGAGUCGCUGUACCCAAAGGAGCCUGCCGUCGUCGGCCGUCUGCUGAUCUCCGGCGGCACCAACUGGGACUUGGUCGGCCGCAAGGAGCUGCCGAAAUCGGCCAAGAACGCCCCUAAUAUGUGCACCGGAAAGAAUCUCUGGGGACCUGCUGAUUCCGGCUUUCGCGUCCGAUUCGCCUGCUCUGGUCCCACUGCCUGUCACUCGAUGAUCGUCACCGAGGAGGGAAAGAUUCUGAUGUUUGGCCGAAAUGACAACGGCCAACUCGGCUUAGGGGACACCAUUCGUCGCGAUGAGCCCACCGAAGUGACUGCUCUUAACGGCCACAAGAUAGUCGGCGGAGCUGUUGGUCGUGGUCACACUUUGUUUCUCACUUCCAAGGGACUAGUAUUUGCUUGUGGCGACAACAAAAUGGGCCAGCUGGGCAUUGGCUCGCAGAGCCAAUCGGCGCUCACACCUACUCGAGUUCUGCACAGAGGAAAGCCCAUCGUGAAGGUGGCCUGUGGCGCCGAGUUCAGCAUGAUUGUCGACUGCGUCGGAAACCUCUACUCCUUUGGAUUUCCGAUGUAUGGACAGCUUGGCCAUAAUACCGAAGCAAAGUACUUUGCCUCGGGCAACAAGCUGGCGUACCGAUGCGAAUACUCACCUAGAAAAAUUAUGUUCUACAUUGAAAAGAGUAGAGAUAAUCACGUUAUCCCGGUGGAAAAUGUUCAAAUUCAAGAUGUUGCUUGCGGCAUCAAUCACACCGUGGCGGUUGACCAGAAAAUGCGAGUUUUUAGCUGGGGAUGGGGCGGCUAUGGAAGACUGGGUCACACUGAAGCCCGUGAUGAGUUCAUUCCGCGACUCAUAAAGACCUUCGACCAGGCGAACCGAGGAGUAAAGCAGGUCUGGUGCGGCGGCACCUUUUCCCUUGCUCUCGACCAGAACAAUCUACUGUACUUUUGGGGACAGGCGAAGAGCAGCGGCGAGGCAACGAUGUACCCCAAGAAUGUGCAGGAUCUAAACGGCUGGAACAUUCGAUCGGUAGGCUGCGCCAACAAGUCCAUUGUCGUCGUCGCCGAUGAGAGUGUCAUCUCUUGGGGCCCAAGCCCAACCUACGGUGAACUGGCGUACGGUGAGAACAAGGCCAAGAGCAGCACCAUUCCACAGGAGGUGAAACCGCUGGAGGGCAUUCACGUGCACAGUGUCUCCCUUGGUUACGGUCACUCCCUCUUUAUCGCUCGCGAUGAGGGCGAAGAGGAGAAGAAGCUGAUCAACGAUCUCCCCAAAUGGCUGUAA